AUCGCUCCUACAGACAGUGAGUCACGUGGCCUGCUAUAUAAAGCAGACAGGCAGGCAAGCAACCAGCUAUACUGCUCGAUUGAACGUAACAAUGGGUAAAACGAGUGACCUAAGGGACUUUGAGCGUGGUAUGAUCGUAGGUGCCAGGCGCGCCGGAUCAAGUGUCUCAGAAACGGCCGCCCUCCUGGGCUUUUCACGCACAACAGUUUCUAGGGUUUACCGAGAAUGGUGUGACACACAAAAAACAUCCAGUCAGCGGCAGUCCUGUGGGCGAAAACAACUAGUUGAUGAGAGAGGUAGAAUGAGAAUGGAAAGAAUCGUGAAAGCUAACAGGCGGGCCACAAACAGACAAAUAACAGCGCAGUACAACAGUGGUGCGCAGAACGGCAUCUCGGAACGCACAACUCGGCGAUCCUUGUCACGGAUGGGCUACAGCAGCAGACGACCACGUCGUGCAAAUGAGGAGUGGAAAAACAUCGCCUGUGUAGAUACGGUACGGGAACUUGUCCUUGACAACUGUAGCUCAAAUGAAGGAAAAAUCGAAGGCCUCACAGCAGAAUUUGUCAGUCUGGAAUUCCUCAGUUUGAUAAACGUUGGUUUAAUCUCUGCUUCCAAUCUUCCCAAACUUGAGAAACUCAAGAAGUUGGAACUCAGCGACAACAGAAUCUCUGGUGGCCUUGACGUGCUAGCAGAGAAACUCCCCAACCUCACACAUCUAAAUCUAAGCGGAAACAAACUGAAAGACAUCAGCACGUUGGAAUCUUUGAAAAAGCUGGACAGCCUGAAGUCUCUAGACUUGUUCAACUGUGAGGUGACCAACCUGAACGACUACAGGGAGAGUGUGUUCAAGCUGCUCCCUCAGCUCACCUACCUGGACGGGUACGACGUGGAGGACCGAGAGGCAUCCGACUCGGACGGAGAGGUCGACGGUGACGACGAUGAGGAAGGGAAUGAGGAUGGAAAGGAGGAACACUUUGACAAGGACUGUGAUGAAGAGGGAGUAGUAGGAGAGGAGGAGGAGGAGGAAGACCUCUGCAUUGAUGAUGAAGUUGACGAUGAAGUCAAGGCUGUCCAAGGAGAGAAGAGAAAGCGAGAGCCUGACGACGAUGAUGAAUAAGAGCAAAAAACAAAAGCAUAGCGUUACCAACUCCUUCCCUCUCCAAUAGUAGUUACAUAGGAUGAGCCUUGACUAGAAUAUAGUAUAUACAUAUGAAGUGGGUAAAACAGUAUGUAAACAUUAUUAAAGUGACCAGUGUUGAAUGACUAUGUACAUAGGGCAGCAGUCUCUAAUGUGCAGGGUUGAGUAUCAGGUGGUAGUCAGCUAGUAACAGUGACUAAGUUCAGGGCAGGGUACUGGACGGAGGCCAGCUAGUAACAGUGACUAAGUUCAGGGCAGGGUACUGGACGGAGGCCAGCUAGUAACAGUGACUAAGUUCAGGGCAGGGUACUGGACGGAGGCCAGCUAGUAACAGUGACUAAGUUCAGGGCAGGGUACUGGACGGAGGCCAGCUAGUAACAGUGACUAAGUUCAGGGCAGGGUACUGGACGGAGGCCAGCUAGUAACAGUGACUAAGUUCAGGGCAGGGUACUGGACGGAGGCCAGCUAGUAACAGUGACUAAGUUCAGGGCAGGGUACUGGACGGAGGCCAGCUAGUAACAGUGACUAAGUUCAGGGCAGGGUACUGGACGGAGGCCAGCUAGUGGUGACUGAGUAACAGUCUGAUGGUCUGGAGAUGGAAGUUGUUUUUCAGUCUCUCGUUCCCAGCACUGUCUUCGCCUUCUAGAUGGUAGCGGAUUGAACAGGCCGUGGCUCGGGUCCUUGAUGAUCUCUUGGCCUGUGACACUGGGUGCUGUUAAUGUCCUGGAGGGUAGACCGUGUGCCCCCUGGUGAUGCGUUGGGCUAACCUCAUCACCCUCUGGAGAGCCUUGCGGUUGCGAACUGUGCAAUUGCCAUACCAGGCGGUGAUGCAGUCGGACAGGAUGCUCUCAAUGGUGCAUCUGUAGAAGAUUGAGGGUAUUAGGGGUCAAACCAAAUUUCUUCAGCCUUGUCAUGUUUUUUUCUGUACUGAACGCAGCCCUGGUUUGAUUUAAGUCCAAACUAUGUAAAUACCUGAAAAUGUUUGUUUAGCAACGAUCAACGGGGGUGUUUCUACAAGUAUUUCAUUUUCAAUAAAUUUGCAAACAUUUCUAAA